AUGGCGAGCAGCAUGAGAGGAGCUCACCUUCUCCUCGCCGCAGUCUUUACUUGGACGGUGGCGCUUUUCGGGGACGCGAAUGGUCAAGAGUCUGUUAACGCAGUGACAGGUUUUAGUUUGAGUCCUCCGUAUUUCAACCUCGCUCAGAGCUCACGGAUCUCUGCCACAGCAACCUGCGGCGAGGAUGAGGCUGGGAGACCGAGACAUGAUUUAUACUGUAAGCUCGUCGGAGGACCAAACUUUGGACUUCCUACUCAAAAUAUACAGGGUCAGUUCUGUGAUUCCUGCAACUCCAUUGAUCCAAACAAAGCCCACCCGGUGACCAACGCCAUCGACGGGACAGAGCGGUGGUGGCAGAGCCCUCCUCUCUCCAGGGGGCUGGGGUACAAUGAGGUGAACGUUACCCUGGACCUUGGGCAGCUCUUCCAUGUGGCGUACAUCCUCAUCAAGUUUGCUAAUUCACCUCGUCCUGACCUGUGGGUGCUAGAGCGCUCAGUGGACUAUGGGAGAACCUUCACCCCCUGGCAGUAUUUUGCACAUUCCAAACGUGAGUGUAUUGAAAAGUUCCGAAAGCAGCCCAAUGCUCGUGUAUUAAAUGAUGACGACCAGCUGUGCACCACAGAGUACUCACGGACCGUGCCUUUGGAGAACGGAGAGAUUGUGGUGUCUCUGGUCAAUGGUCGACCCGGGUCCAAAAACUUCACCUACUCACCAGUGCUGCGAGAUUUCACGAAGGCCACCAACAUCCGCCUACACUUCCUCCGCACCAGCACCCUGCUGGGCCACCUCAUCUCCAAGGCCCAGAGAGACCCCACUGUAACACGCAGGUACUACUAUAGCGUCAAAGACAUCAGCAUCGGUGGACGCUGCGUUUGUCAUGGCCACGCACAGGUGUGUGGCGGGGAGCGUAACCCUGACAACCCAAACAGACUCCAGUGUGAGUGCCAACACAACACCUGCGGCGAUUCAUGUGACCGCUGCUGCCCAGGUUUUAACCAGAAACCAUGGCGUGCCGCAACUGUCAGUAGCCCGAAUGAAUGUCAGCCCUGCCAGUGUUUCUCCCAUGCAUUUGACUGUUAUUAUGACCCAGAGGUGGAAAAGAGGGGAGCAAGUUUAGACACCUUCGGCAGGUACGACGGAGGAGGAGUGUGUAUCCACUGCCAGCACAACACUGCUGGAGUGAAUUGUGAGCAAUGCAUUGAAGGCUUCUACAGACCUUAUGCAGUACCUCCUGAGUCUCCCAGUGGAUGCAUACCCUGUAGGUGUGAUGAAAGGACAACAGCCGGCUGUGAAAUGGGGUCUGGAAGGUGUAUCUGCCAGCCACAGUUUGCUGGAGAAAACUGUGAUCGCUGUGCUGAUGGACACUAUUACUACCCACAGUGCAUUCGAUAUCCCAUAUACCCAGUGACCACCAAAUCCCCUGCUGGUCCUAUUGUGGUUUGUCCUCUGGGUUAUUUCGGCCCACCCCCCUGUCAGCAGUGUAUAUGUGACUACAGAGGGACUGUGCAUACAGUGUGCAACGCUUCGGGGCGCUGCCUAUGCCGUGAGGGUGUGGAGGGGGAGCGAUGCGACCGCUGUCAACCUGGAUACCACGUUUUCCCCAACUGCCAGGCGUGUCUCUGUGAUGGGGCCGGCGUGGCAGACAGUGUUUGCAGUCCCGGGGGUCAGUGUGUUUGUCUGCUUAAUUACGGGGGGCAGGAGUGUGACGAGUGUGCACCAGGCUACUACGGAUACCCGGACUGUGCUGCCUGCCGAUGUUCACCCGAAGGUUCCCAUGGCAACACAUGCAACCCAGUGUCGGGUCAGUGUCUGUGUUUGUCAGGGGUGGUGGGGCAGCAGUGUGACCGCUGUGCGUCUGGACUCAGGUUCCCUCAAUGUGCAGCCCCCAUUAGCCAUUGCAAUGUUGCAGGGACCGAGGUCGCCAAUCCUCAAACGGGCUCCUGCCUGUGCCUACCAAACGUAAAAGGAACCCUGUGCGACAAGUGUAAACCCCUCUAUUGGAAUCUGGCUACCGUCAACCCUCGUGGCUGCAUAGAGUGUCGGUGUGAUUUGAAAGGGACGCUGAGUGGUGUUGGAGAGUGUGAACAGAAAAGUGGACAGUGUCGCUGUAAGCCUUACUCGUGUGGACAUUCUUGUGACACCUGUAAGGACGGAUACUUCAUGCAGCAGAAAAAGAAUUAUUUUGGAUGUCAGGGUUGUGAGUGUGAUGUAGGAGGGGCCAUUGGGAUGGUGUGCGAUGAGACAUCAGGAAAGUGUCAAUGUCGGAAGAACAUAGUUGGCCCGAAAUGCGCCGAGCCAGCACCGAGCUACUACUUCCCUACUUUGCACCAGCUGAAGUUUGAAGUUGAGGAUGGCACCUCUUCAAAUGCCAGACCGGUACGCUUCGGUUAUAAUCCACAAGAGUUCCCAGAUUUCAGCUGGCGAGGUUAUGCUAUAAUGUCCCCUGCACAGAGUGACGUCAGAGUAACAGUUCAUGUUGACCCAAGAGAAGGGAGUCAACACUUGUUCCGUGUGGUUCUGCGAUUCAUUAACCCGAGCAGCACCAGUGUGACUGGUAGUGUCAGGGCUACCAAUAACAGAGGCACUGCAGCAAGGUCAGACCAGAGUAAGGAAGUCAUAUUCCCAGAGAGUCGCUCGCCAUCCUUCCUCACCGUCCCAGGAGAGGGCUUUGCCGAGCCCUUUGCUUUGACUCCUGGGAAAUGGAUCAUUCAUAUAAAGGCCGAGGGGAUACUGCUGGAUUAUUUAGUGCUGCUGCCCAGGGAUUAUUAUGAAGCACCUCUGCUGCAGGAGACGAUCACCGAGCCCUGCACUUACCUGCCCACCGCAAACAGGAACACAAACUGUCUAUUGUAUAAGCAUGUGGCCAUGGACGGCUUUAGCUCCGCACUGGGCUCACAGGGAAGACUCUCCAGCCGCAGUGGGCGCAGGAGGCGGCAGGCUCGUGUGCGACGUCCCACCCCAGAUCACCCUGAGAUGGCUCAUCUCAAUGGCAGACAGUCUCAGCUUCAGCUCAGUUUGCGCGUGCCUCGCUCUGGCCCAUACGCUCUGGUGCUGGAGUACGCCAGUGAGGUGGAUGCUGUCCAGAAUGUCAACAUACUCAUCGAUGGUCAGCUAGAAGGCCAGAUCCCGGCCAGGGCUAAUAUUUACAAUUGUGCCUACAGCUUUUUGUGCCGGAGUGUGGCAGUGGACAGCAGUAAUCAGGUGGCAGCGUUGCAGCUCUCUCAUAAGACAGAACUUCUCCUGCAAACUUCCACAACCUCAUUCCUGCUGUACAAAGUGUAUGCAGUGCCUGUGGAAGAGUUCUCCAUUGAUUAUGUCGACCCCAAGGUGCUUUGUGUCUCCACUCAUGGCCGCUUCAGUGAAGACAGUCGGCACUGUGUUCUGAGGCAGUUUGACAAGCCAACGUCAGCCUGGAUUUUCUCCGCUGCCCGUGACGGACUGCUGUCAGUCGUUGCACCCCAGCAAGAAGACGACGAGGACUUGAGAAGGAGACGACAGACGGCGGUUUUCCCUGUCCAGGAACCGCAAGGUGUUGGGGUGCUGCUCAAAUUCCCUCAGACGGAGAUCAGUUUCUCUCCCAGGGUGCCCCUCCCGGGCAGGUAUGUGGUUGUGGUACAUUAUCGCCAGCCUGAACAUACCUCCUUCCCUGUGGAGGUCCGGGUGGAUGCAGGGCGUGACUGGAGGGGUUCAAUAAACGCAUCCUUCUGCCCUGCGGUGUCUGGCUGCAGGGAGGUUGUCAUCGCUGACGGACGCAUUACCCUCGACUUGGACCAAAAUGUUUGGCGGCCACCCACCAUUUCUGUCAUCGUGCCACCUAGGAAGACCCUUACUCUGGAUUAUAUCUUGCUGGUUCCUGACAACAGUUACAGCCCAGAUCUGCUGAAAGAGAAGCCGCAGGAUAACUCUGCAGAUUUCGUACAGCAAUGUCGAGGAAAAGGGUUUUAUAUUGACCCGAGAACCUCCUCCAAAUUCUGCAGUGACUCAGCCCGCUCACUCGUCGCUGCCUAUAACGACGGAGCUCUGGCCUGCGACUGCGAGAUGUCUGGCUCGACAGGAGCUGCCUGUGAUCCAGUUGGAGGACAGUGUCCCUGCAGGCAGCACAUCAUUGGUCGACGGUGCACAAAAUGUGCCACCGGAUACUAUGGCUUCCCCUACUGCAGACCCUGUGAGUGUGGUCGAUCCCGCCUGUGUGACGAGGUGACGGGACGCUGCAUCUGCCCUCCUCAGACGGUUAAACCGAGCUGCGAAGUGUGUCAGAGUCAGACUUUCAACUAUCACCCUCUGCUGGGCUGCGAGGGCUGCGAGUGUUCCCCAAAUGGCAUCAAGGCCAACGCAGGACCGGAGUGUGAACGCACCACGGGACAGUGCAGUUGCAAGCCUCGGAUUGCAGGCCGGAAGUGUGACCGCUGCGCUACAGGUUACUAUCGCUUCCCCGACUGUGUGCCUUGUAACUGUAAUCAAGGUGCCGUCACCCCUGACGUGUGCCACCCAGACACAGGGAGGUGCCUCUGCAGGAGGAAUGUAGCCGGUGUCAGGUGCGAUACCUGUCGGGAAGGUUCCUUCUAUUUUGACCUCUCCAACCCUCACGGCUGCAGCAGCUGCUUCUGCUUCGGAGCCACUGACCAGUGUCAGAGCUCCAGCAAACGCAGGGGGAAGUUUGUGGAGAUGCGGGGCUGGCGUUUGGAAAGACCCGACCAGGGGGAGGUUCCCUCCGUCCUGAACACAGCCAGCAACACGGUGGUGGCAGAUAUCCAGGAGCUUCCUCCUACAGUGCAGACUCUACUCUGGGUGGCACCACAGUCCUACCUGGGAGACAGAGUUACAUCUUAUGGCGGUUUCCUCACCUACCAGUCCAAAUCCUUCGGGAUCCCCAGUGAGGGGAUGAUUCUGAUGGACAGACGACCUGAUGUCGUGCUGACUGGUCAGGACAUGACCCUGAUCCACAUGGCUCCUCAGGCCCCACUUCCAGACAGGCUGUAUCAGGGCAGGGUCCAUCUUGUGGAGGGAAACUGGCGUCAUGCUAUCACCAACAGGCCCGUGUCCAGAGAGGACCUCAUGAUGGUCCUAGCUGGUCUGGCAGGCCUGAGGAUCCGAGCCUUGUACUUCACCCAGAGCCAGCGUCUAAGCCUGGGGGAGGUGGGCUUUGAGGAGGCGACCAACACAGGGACAGGGAGUCCUGGAAACACUGUUGAGCAUUGCUCCUGUCCACCUCAGUAUACCGGAGAUUCCUGUGAGAAAUGUGCUCCUGGUUUCUACAGAGACGGCAGUGGGUCUUACCUGGGCCGCUGUGUGCCCUGUAAGUGCAACGGUCUGGCUGAAGAGUGUGAGGAGCGAACAGGGAAGUGCCUGAAGUGUCAGUACAACACAGCCGGGGACCAAUGUGAACGCUGCAAAGAAGGUUACUAUGGAAACGCGGUUCAGAGGACAUGCAGAGUGUGCCCGUGCCCGUUCAGCGUGGCCACAAACAGUUUUGCUGUAGGGUGCAAAGAGGUUUUUGGAGACAUCAUGUGUAUCUGCAGAUCAGGCUACACAGGAGACAAGUGUGAGAGAUGUGCUCCUGGUUACUAUGGUGAACCACUGACACCAGGAGGAAGUUGUAAACCCUGUAACUGCCAAGGCAACGGAAACAACUGUGAUCCUCAGACUGGAGUUUGCAAGAACACACUGGAGCCUGGAGACACAAACACAGAUGAGCACUGCCAAGAGUGUGACAGUUGUGCCCAGACAUUACUACAAGACCUGGAGAAGCUGGACGACGAGCUGGGACGUAUCAAAGGUCAGCUGGACAACGCCAGUGCCAGCGCCUCCUCUCAGGACCAGCUGAAGAACCUGGAGAAGGCUGUGUCCGACACCAAGAUUCUUGUCAACAAAUUCAACUCUGCCAUCAGCACCCAAAAGUCCAGGAUCAACCAGCUGGAGGAGGACACAAGCUCUCUGGUAGAUGACGUCACAGGCCUCAAAGGAAAGGCAGAUAAAAGGUUUGCUGAUGCUGACAAGGCAGUGGCAGACGUUGAGAAAACCCACAAGAGGGCCAAGGAACUGGACACAGAGAUUAAAAGCAUGCUCAAGAAAAUCCAAGCUCUGCUCGAUCAGCUGAAGGAGUCGGGCACCAGCGGCGAUAAAGUGCCCAAUGAAAGCCUGGGUAAAAUGCUGAAAGAUGCGCAGAGCAUGGUUAAGCAGAUGGAGAACAGGAACUUCACCCCUGAGAAGACGGCUGCCGAGAAAGAGCUGGAUGAGGCCAAGAAAUUGCUUGACCACAUCAAGACCAAUGUAAGUAAGCAGUGUGAUAAGAACGAGGCUGCGGCAGAGAAAAUCCGCGGCCUGCUGGAGGAUUACAAUGCGAAGCUGAAGGACCUGGACAGGGCUCUGAAGGAGGCGACGGACUUGGUGAAAAAAGCUAGUGCUGAGAAUGGACUCAGUGCUCAGGCAAUGGAGGAGCUGCAGAAACGUGUUGAAAACCUAAAAAAGGAGCGGAAGACUGUUGAGGACCAAAUGGCCAUGGCAGAGGAUGAGCUCCAGAAAACGGAGGAUUUGGUGAAGGAGCUCACUGACAGUAAAACGGAGUACGAACAGCUGGCUGCACAGCUGGACGGUGCCAAGACCGAUCUGACCAAGAGGGUGAAUGAUAUUUCCAAAGCAGCAGCCAAGGAGGACAUCGUGGUGGCUGCGGAGGACCACGCCAAGUACCUCAACAAGCUGGCAAACGACCUUGUUGAUUCUGUGAAGAACGCAAGUGGACAAACUGAGGUACAGGAUGCCAAAAAAGCCAUUGGCGCCUACAAGAAGAUAACAGAUGCCAUUAACGCUGCUGAGGCGGCAGCUGAAGAAGCCAAAGAUGCAGCGAACAAAGCCUUGAAUAGCGUGAAGAACCAGAAACUCACUGAAAAAGCAAAAGGCCUGAAAAAGACUGGUGAAGACCUGGUGCAGGAUGCUCGUGAGGCAAAGGAAAACCUUCAGGGAGCAACCGACGACCUCACUGACCUGAAGGAGCGCCUGAAAAAUGCUGACAAGAAGAAGAAAACUCUCGAGACAGAACUGCUGGAUGCACAAAACCAAUUAGAUGACAUCAAGAGAGAUGACAUCGGUGGUAUGAUUGAAGAAGCCAAGAAGAAGGCAGCUUCAGCGAACGACACGGCGAGAAACACUAUGGACAAACUGAACGCCAUCAAAAAGGAAAUUGAAAAGAUCAAUGUCACUCCUGUGGAUUCCAACCUCAACAAUGUGUUGGAAAAUGUGGACAAAUCUGUGAAGGACUUAUUGAACACCAUCCCAUAUCUGACCAGUAAUAUCUCAGAGGUUGAGAAGCUGACGUCAGACCUCUCAACCAUUGGCAACAUAUCUGAUAACAUCAAGAAAAUCAAAGAUCUCAUCGAACAGGCGCGGGACGCAGCCAACAAGAUUUCGAUCCCUAUGAAGUUCUCAGGCAAUGGCCACGUGGAGCUGCGUCCACCCAGCAAUCUGGAGGAUCUGAAGGCCUACACAUCGCUGUCUCUGAUGCUGCAGAGGCCUGAAGGCAGAGGAGACGGAUCCCGCAGGCGUAGGCGCAGACAGACCAGAGAAAAAGAUGACAUGUUUGUGUUGUAUCUCGGCAAUAGAGAUUCUUCGAAGAACUACAUAGGUAUGUUUCUGAAGGACAACAUACUGCACGGUGUCUACAAGCUCAACGACAUCGAGUACCAGAUUAAGUCCGGCUACAUCACCAAGUCUGCACCCGAGCCGGCCACGUUUGAUAAAGUGGAACUAAACAGGAUUUACCAAGAUGCACAGAUCGUCCUCACCAAAGCCAUCACGGCUACUCCCAGUGAUCCGAUACUCACCGGCAGGCAAGGAGAGGCGAGCAAGAACCUGCUGGACCUCAGCCCGAGUGACAUUGUUUUCUAUGUUGGAGGCUACCCUGCCAACUUCACUCCACCAGCUUCUCUGAAAUUACCCAAAUACUCGGGCUGCAUCGAGUUCCUCUCCUCCAACGACAAAGUCAUCAGUCUCUACAAUUUCCAAAACAUUGACAAAAGUGAGGAGACUCCGUGCAAGAGGUAUAAACAACCGAAGAAAUCCAACUUCUUCGAAGGCACUGGAUAUGGCAAAGUGGCCAUAAGUAAGACAGCAACAGUCCUCAUCAUCGGUAUGUCCCUCUUCUCGCGGUCAGAAAACGGUCUCCUGUUAUAUAUAGGAAGCGAGGAAGAAUACGUCACCAUAACAAUUGAGAAAGGCGUCAUUUUUAUAAAUAGCAAUUCAAUUCAAGAACCAGCAACAAACAAUGGGAAAUUAUUCCCGCACAACGAUUGGGUGGAUAUCCUCAUCGUUAUCAAAAAAGAUGGGUUGCUAAUCCGUGCCCAAAAUAAAGAAGUAGCUAAGGCCAACGCUGUCUUCACCAUCAGCAAAUUUAAAGAAUUCUAUAUCGGUGGUGUGCCACAAGACCUGAGGGAAAAACACAACAUCACCAUGCAACCUUUUAAAGGAUGCCUGUCUAAUCUGAAGCUAAAUAAAGACUUUAAACGUAUUGAUGAGGAAGUGGGCAUCAGCAGUGGUUGCCCCAAGGAUUCCCUGAUUUCUCGUAAGGCAGAGUUCAGCAUGGGGAGCUCCCUGUCCUCUGACCUCACAGGCUUUAGCCUGGCCAACGAUGUCACUGUGUCCCUGGGAUUCAAGAGCACAGAGAAUCAGGGUCUCAUUCUACAGGACAAACAGCUGCCUAAUGGGAUUAAUCUCGCACUGGACAAUGGGUACAUUGUUUACAGUUUCAGCAACAACAUGUGGAAAUCAAACAAACAGUACCAUGAUGGCCAGUGGCAUUACCUGACUGCGAAGAGAAGUGGUGAAAGGAUCGAACUUGUUAUUGACGAUGCCGAUAAGGGUCAGAUGCAGAGCGGCAGCACUUCCAUUCCUGACACAGCGGGCUCCCUAAUCCUGGGAAAUAAACAGUUCAAAGGCUGCAUUUCCAACCUCUACACAAGACGCCCAGAUAAUCUGUACAAGGCUGAGGACUUGAGCACCUUCAAGGCUUCUGGAGAGGUCCUGGUUGAUGUUUGUAACUCUGACACACCCGCUCAAAUGAUGCUGAACCGCAUUUCUAAGAAGGAUGGUGCAAUGCAGCCCAUAAACGACAGCGAAUCAGCGUGUGCACUGCCAGCCCUGGUUCAACAUGCUUAUCGUAUGGGAGGCCCUGUCAGCAGCCUGAGCUACAGUCUUCCACUGCAGGUGCUGCUGCCCAGACCUCACUUCUCUCUAGAUGUCAGGACAAGAUCUCCUGAGGGUCUGCUUUUCUUUGCUGCUACCAGAGGAGGGCGCUCUCAUCUUGCUUUAUACAUGUCCAAGGGCAGGAUCAGACUGUCUGCAGGCAAAGAGAAGGAGAUCUUCAACAGGGAGAAGUACAAUGAUGGAAAGUGGCACUCGGUCAUAUUCAGUUUGGAGAAGAAGAAAUUCAGAUUGGUUGUGGAUGGGAUCAGAGCUCAGGAUGGUCAGCUGACAAACAAUGAGCUGACGUCCAUACAACAAUUUGUGUCUCCUGUGUACCUGGGCAGUGUCCCUGAGUCCCUUCACAAACAUCUAAAGUCGAAGGCCCUUCCAAAACAGAGUGUGUCUGGCUGCAUCCGUAGUUUUAAAAUGAACGAAGCGCUGAUGUCCAGUCCAGCCACAAACCUCGGUGCUGGCCCUUGCUUUGAGGGACUGACACAAAGAGGGGCUUAUUUCUCAGGGAACGGAGCACAUGUUAUAAUCAAUGACUCCUUUGUCGUGGGCUCCAGCUUUGAACUGCUGUUUAACAUGCGUCCACGGAGUCCGACUGGACUCCUGCUACAUGUUGGUGAUUUGACCAGGACACAAAGUGGAGCCACGAUGAGUCACUAUCUCAGUAUCUACCUUCUCAGAGGAGAGGUGGUGGCACAAGUUAACAAUGGAAAUGGGAACUUCAUGGUGUCUGUUAAGCCAAAAGCUUCUUUAUGUGAUGGAAUGUUUCAUAAAGUUUCAGUAAUCAAGAGGAAAAACGUUGUGCAACUGCACGUAGACACGGUGGACAGUUACAAGAUUGGACCACCGUUCCCCACUAUCCCAUCGACCAAAGAACCCCUGUAUGUGGGUGGCAUUCCUGAGACGUUAAAGCAGCAGGUGCUCCCCGUCACGUCGUCCUUCGUCGGAUGCAUCCAGGACAUGAGGAUCAACGACGACUCCGUCUCUUUCGAGAGGCUCCCCGCUGUGUUCGGUCCCAUCAACCUCAAAGAGUGUCCAGGCUGAACACAAGCGUCUCACUGCGUCAUCACUACACAAACCUUGGGACCACAUGAUCCACCGUCAACCAUGUGCAAUCUGUAACCAAGACAGAGAAUGUGUUUGUAUGUAAGAAUGUACAUAUUAUGAGGAGUCUGUGUCUGUGAGUGUGAGUGUGAAUGUGUGUGUGUGUGUGUGUGUGUGUGUGUGUGUAAAAUAGAGAUAUGAGCAGCAGUUUCAUAGUAACUGCCUCUUUAUUCAACAUGUCUGUAUUUAUUUUGUGGCUCCAAAUCAUGAAUGCAUAUCCUCACAGCAGCUUGUUUUACAUUCUGGUGUGUUGGUCCAUUAAUUCUCUGUGGACAAUCAAAUGUUAUUGUAAAUGCUGGUGACAGGUCGAGGCUGCAGAGACAGCAACCCAGCACUUUAAGAAAAAUCAAACAAAUGAUGCCUUUUGUGAUGGUGUUUUAUACAGUCAUGCUUGGUUUUUUGACUCAAUUGUUUAUAUCCUACUUCAAAUCAAAUUUACACAACUCAGAAACAUUUCAGGGAUAGGAUUCUGCAUUUCAACCGGUUCAGUAGGAACACUGUCUUCACACAUUUUGUUCCCAUAUUACUGCUGUUUGGAGCUCAUUUUCAUUCCUUUUGCAAGCAUGACAAUGUGCCGCUGUUUACGUCAGUUACACCAGAAAAAGCAUUUAGUGAAUUUUGUGGAGCGUUUUUGUCUUUAUGUUGAAAAUCAAAUUUACUGCAGCAUAAAUCUGGUCUGUAAUGUUUGGGACCAUUUAUCCCGUAUUAGUGGUGCAUGUUCUCUCACACAAGGACAUUAAUGAAUGUUAAAGUGACAACACAACUGCAAAAGCUACAACACAAAUACAAAAGUGACAACACAACUGCAAGAGCCACAACACAGUCACACAACAGAAACACAAGUACAACAGAAGUGGGCAGCGAUGGAUGUUUGUGACUGACUUGACAAGCUCAGAAAAACAAAAUCUCACUUAGCCGUAGUCACUGUGUGUUUAUGUUAUGUUGCGUGGCUUUUGUAGUUGUGUUGUCGCUUUUGUGUUUUCAGUUAAUGCACUUUGCUGAGUCUAUGGGCCACCAUACAUAUUGCUAUUUUAGAUAUGUAUUUUUAUAUACGUAAAUUCUCCAUCAAGUGUUUACUUACCUGCCUUGUACAUUUACACCAAAAUUUGUGAUAUGAGAAAAAUAAUAUGCAUGAUGAUUGGUAAUACUGUACGUGCAUUCCUUUGU